AUGGCAAAGCCGGGUGUUUCCAAGAAGACUAAGCAGCCCUCGGUUCACUCAAGAGCUGCGAGGCGCGCGACGGACGUUGAUAUUGACACCGACAAGUCUCUCAAGAAUGUCAAGGCCCCUGCAGACUCAACCGACUAUCGGCCGUCGGUCCUGGCGGCGCAAACCAACGCCGGUGUCUCCAAGAAGUCCAAGAACCGCAAGACGCAGAUGAGCGCCAAGGCGAAGAAGAGAAAUGAAAAGGCAAUGGACCGCGCUGAGGCCAUCAUGGAGCGGACCUCCAACAAGAUCGAAAAGAGCAAGAGCAAGUCACGGAGGAUCCAGACGCGGAGCAAGCAAUGGGACGACAUCAACAAAGAACUGCCUGCGGUGAAGAAGUUCCCUAACGAGGAGGACCUCGAGGUGGAGGAGCGCAAGACCAGGGCGGCCGUUAUUGUGGCGGACAAGGACUGGGAGACGGACGAGGAGAUGGACGGUGUUGAUGAGGAUUCUGCGCCCGCCGUUUCCGAUGCUGUGCAGGCCGCUCCAGCGAAUGACGAUAUGGACGAGGAGAUUUUGUAG